AGUUAUACUGAGUCCAUUCUUAAGUAUUCAGUGGAAAUGCAAGUCUAAGUUAUCCAACGUUUUAUAAGUUGACUUCAUUAGCUAUUGGAUUGUCGACUAUUUGUUAUUUAGACAAAAUGCAUCUCGUUUAUCACUGUUUUCAAGCAGAUAAUUGUUUCGCUUUUGAUGAGCUAUUAGUAAUGACUUUAUUUUCUAGACAUUCUUCUGCUGCCCAUGAGUAAUCGUGAGAAGUAUGUGUUCUACAAAGACAGACAAGAGUGGAAUGAUGUUAGUCCGAUUCCUCAGGAUGAUGGUGGUCGGAACAUAGUAAAUAUCGCGUACUCCGAAGAAUUUGUUGAUGCACAUGAUUAUUUUCGUGCAGUACUAAUGAAGGAUGAGCGUAGUGAGCGAACGUUUUCAUUAACCUCUGAUAUAUUGCUGUUUAAUCCCGCCAACUACACAGCUUGGGAAUACAGAAGACGGAUCAUUGAGGAAAUUUCACCUGACCUAAAUAGUGAACUGCGUUUCGUCGGUGGGCUCAUUGAAGAUUAUUCGAAAAAUUACCAGUUAUGGCAUCAUCGACAAUGGGUUGUAGACAAAUUAUCAAAACAGAAUCAAAAUGACUCCAGCUUCUUAACACAUCUUAGUUCAGAAGAAUUGGAUUUUGUUGGAUCUGUCAUUUCAGAUGAUCCUAAAAAUUAUCAUGCAUGGCAGCAUCGUCGAUGGACUAUAACUUUUUUCAAGGUGCCUGUCGAAAAAGAGUUAGCAUUCACUGAACAAAUGCUUUUAAAUGACGUUCAUAAUAAUUCAGCUUGGAAUCAUCGUUACUACAUUGUACUCUGUGACGAAGGUUUAUCAUCUACUGUUCUUCAGCGUGAAAUAGAUUUUGUUCAAAAACGUAUCUCCUUUGCUCCGAACAAUGAAAGUUCAUGGAAUUAUUUUUACGGUUUGUUGAUGCCCAUUGUACGUAGCGGAAAAAACGUUCAUGAUUUACCGCCCAAGCUUUUAGGUGAUAAGAAUCCCAAUAUUCAACAGAUUACAUCUAAACUUCAAUUUAUGCAAGAAUUCGCAGAAGAAUUAAUAGCAUCUAAUCAAAUAGCUGGUGAUUGUUUAGCGCCGCUUAGUUUCUUGGUUGAGGUUUAUGCUGAUCGUUUGGAAUCAUAUUUUACUGAAAAAUCAGGUAGUACAACACAUGAAAUACAUCCCAGUUUCGACAAUAUUGAUAGUUUGGACAACACCAGUUAUGAUGCCAAAGAGAUAUUUGACCGAGCUGUCAGUUUAUGCAAACGUUUGGCCGGCGAAGUAGAUCGAAUUCGAGCUAAUUACUGGCAAUAUCGUGCUCGUCAGUUAAUGUAUUUUGCAAAGAAAGUAAACCUGAUUCCCGAAAUCACUUUACCAUGAACAUGUAAAUCGGAUUUAUAAAAUUUUGUCAGAAAGUAAUGUAAUAAAUUAUUUCUUAUUUCUGUUGUGUUUGCUGUACCUGUUUGAAGAAUCAGAAGUCAUCAGGCAAUACAUAUCUGAAUACCUUCUGUUUAAGAACGUAUUUGCCGACAUAAAUAGUAAGUUAUCGGUUCGAGCAUUGCAGCUUCCAUAAAAAUAUGCUGAAAUUGUGAAUUUAUCAUACCCUACUUAAGUAUAUGCGGCGUAUGAAAGUCUCUUAUGUUUUGAAUUCCUUCUGAAUUGGUCGCGUAACUGACUUUGAAUUCCAGUUCUGUUUAUCGAGCUUUCUGAUGUGAAUCUUUCAGUGAAUGGGUUUACUAACGAUUUAAUGAAACAUAUUGGGAGCCCGAUGUUUAGUUUGUUAUUUUUGAAGUACCCACUAGCUGAUGAUUUCAUCACCCCAUUUCUAUAUUUGGCUUCCACAGACGAUUCAUGACAUGAUACAACUUCAAGUUUAAUUAUUAUUAUUUCACAUCAUUCUAUUUUACCGAAUAAAAUUAACUACAAACACAAUUAAUUGUACAGCUGAAGUAACUGAUAUCCACAAAUUUUUUUUUGAUGAAUUGCCUUUAAUUUGUUCAUUGAUGAAAUGGGUCUCUUUCGUUACAUUUCAUUAAUUUGUUAGUAAACCCAUGCACUGAAAGAUAGAUAAGUGCUGUCUGAGAAUGAU